AGAGGUGUUGUCUCUCAAACACCAACAGUUCAACAUUCAGUCUUCAUUCCCUCACCUGUUCAUGUCUGAGACCUUUUACACCUGGUGAACAAUCUGCGUCUGUCAUGAAGAUGAUGAUGAUGAUGAUGAAGAUGGUGAUCUCUCUCUGACUGCAGGAAGCUGAAAACACUUUUCUCUGGGAGUGUGUUACCUGUCCUGGUUUGGAGUUACAUUUCUCUUGGUCCUAAAUCUGCGUUGGUUCAAACAGAUGAGGAAUCUGUGCUGGUCUUCUGUUACAGAGAGAAUGAGACCUGGAUCAGCUGCAGUGUUUCUGAUUCUCCUGAUGAACGUCUCCACAGGUCAAACUCUGACAUGUCCUCAAAAACAGUAUCAGAUAAAUGAUAGAUGCUGUCCUAUGUGUCCAGCUGGAGGUUGGGUUUAUGCAGACUGCACAGAGUCCAGAAGUACUGACUGUCUGCCCUGCUCUGAAGGAACCUUUAUGGACCAUCCGACUUCCCAUCCAUUCUGCUACAUCUGUAAAAGCUGUGAUGAAGGUUCUGGUCUGAAGAUGAAGACGUCGUGUACGAUAGUAUCAGACACAGUUUGUGAACCUCUGGAAGGAUUUUACUGCUCAGACUCUAGAAAGGACGACUGUGUGGAAGCAAGGAAACACAGACGCUGUGAACCAGGAGAAUACAUCAGAGAACACGGAACCAGGAAGGAGGAAUCAGAGGGUCGAGAGCUGCUGAGAGCAGGAACUGAGACAGAGGACGCUCAGUGUGGAGGAAAAGUGUCACACAGGACUGUACUGAUUAGCUUCGUUGUUGUUGUGAUGUCUUUAUUCUCUGUACUUUUAGUUUGUUAUCUCGCAUGGUGGAUAAUAAGCCAUCUAUUUCCAGAAGUCAUAGCAGCAGUACUCUCCAACCGGAAAGGUGUGACGUUUAGAGAACAACUCCUGGAGAGUCUGAUAUCAGAUGACUCCAAAGAGUCGAAGGGUGAGACGGUUCAGGAUCCUGUUCUGGUCCAGCUGCUGGAUCCUGACACACUUUGUUGAUAUCUGUUUAUAUGUAUAUAUGUGUUUAUAUUGAUAUUUAUAUCUAUUUUUUUAUCUGGUCCAGUUUGGUUUUUCUGAGACGAUGAUUGGACACCAACACUUUCAACAGCGUUCCAUCGGCUCUCUCACCAUCAAGUUUCUCUUGCAUUUCUUGUUACUAUUGUAAAAAGGAAUAAAUAAAAAGAUUUGACUUAA